AUGCCCCUCCUCUACGGGGAAGGCGCCAACGCCUUCAUACGCCUCCAAGAAGAAAUCAUCAAAGUCUCCGCCGACCACAGCAUCUUCCUCUGGGACCGUCGCUUCAGCGCCGGCGUCUUCCUCGCCCCUCACCCCCACCACUUCUCCUCCACCCGCCGCAUCCUCCUCUACAACGGCAUCUACGACUUCUCCGCCUCUCCCUACGCCAUCUCCAACAUCGGUCUCAGCAUGACCCUUCCUGUCUGGUCUCCCGCCCCAGGCGUCCUCGCCUGCGCACUCGCCUGCAUCUUCGAAGACGACGCGCGCGGACUCAUCGCCGUGACCCUCAUCGAAGGCGGCCGCGAGCGCGAAACCCUACGUGUCCGCCAGAAAAAAAAUUCGAAGACUCGUUCUGGGUGUUCGGCACCGCGUUCGUGGCGCCGUUCAAACACGUCGAGCGUGCGGCUCUCAAGACGAUUCAUAUGA